AAUAAAAAAAAUAAACAAAACACUGCAUACGUCCGUAGUACUGUCACUUAACUAAGAAUUCCAUUUUAUAAAUUCCAUUUCGACACUUGCAUUACAAUUUUCAUACAAAUUUGAAAUGUCCUGAGAUCUCAAAAGCCAAUUGAAACGCUGUAUAUUUCGGGUUCCCUGUGUGUUUAAAUGUGUAACAACACAGCUGUUGUUUUUGGUUGGACAUGCAUUGUUGUGUGACAUAGACAUGAGCAUUUCCACCAUUCAAUUUGAAAAACAAAUUAAUUACAUCUAAAGGACUGGAAUAAUAAAACAAAUCUGGGACUUGGGCAUGUGCGCAAGGUUUUUAUGUACAAUAUGAAAAUUCGCUAACACAAAAAAUCUAAAUAUUAAACGUUUUCUUAUGAUGAUAUAGUGUAUUUCAGUUAAAGAGCAUAAUUUACACCCUAAAACAAUUUUCCCGGACAUGUUUGACCUUACUGGACGGAAAUGACGUCAGGGCGCACGGGCAGCAUUCGCGCCGCUCGGGAGGAAGUGCUGUGUAGACAGUUCGGCUAACUCCGUAAGAAAAGAAAAAAAUAGAAAAAAAACUCAAGGGAGGAAAAAAAAAAAUAGAAAUUCUUCAAUCGGGUGCGCUCGGAAGGACUUCGCAAACUACCCCGAUCGGAGGAAAUCCCCGGCGGGCGAAAUAAAAGUCUUAAGAGCUGGGGUGAUGGAGGAUUCCCAUUUUAAUUCUUCCUAUUUCUGGUCCCCUGUACAGGGACAGAUUGAGAAUGCUGUAUUUCUCAAUAAGGUAAAAGAGCAGCUUGGUCAGGACAAAGGGCACACCUACUCGCAUGGCCCCGCCCACUAUCCCACCACAGCAGUGGUGGCGGUUGCUGGGGGUGCCAUGGAUACAACAACAGCAAGGACACUAAAACAGGAGCAUGCACAUCCGUCUCAGUCCUCGCACAGUAUCACAGUGUUGCCGGUCCCGCCUACCAGCAUCAUGACGGCAGCGGGUUUGGUCACUCUGGUGUCUCCAGUGUCAUCUGCUCAAUCCCUUAUUCCUGGACAUCCAUCCACCACCAUGAUAACAGUCCAGACUGACAAGAAAAAUGACUCCGUGCCCUGCUCACCCGUUAUCAUCCCAUUACCGUCGAAACGAGGCAGAAAGAAGAAAGAAUCCCUCCCGUUGGUUGGCUCACCUACUGGGACAGAUCACUUGAUUUUGGGUCUUUCAGGACAGCAUCAUUCUGCCAACCCUUACAGUCUGUCUCCAGAAGAAGGGCAUGCUGGGAAAGAGGGUGGAAAAACAUACAGGUGCCGGAUGUGUGGUAUGACGUUCUGCAAUAAAUCAGACAUGCAGCUGCACUCCAAGUCGCACACGGAGGUGAAAGCUCACCAGUGUCCGCACUGCUCCAAAUCCUUCGCUAACACCAGCUACCUGGCCCAGCACAUCCGCAUCCACAGCGGUGCCAAGCCCUACACCUGCUCCUACUGCCAGAAGGCUUUCAGACAGCUCAGUCACUUACAGCAGCACACACGAAACCACACAGAAUCCAAACCUCACAAGUGUCCUCACUGCACGAAAUCUUUUGCCAACACAAGCUACCUUGCUCAGCAUGUACGAAUACACACAGGAGUCAAACCUUACACCUGCAGCUACUGCCAGAAGACCUUCAGACAGCUCAGUCACUUACAGCAACACCACAGGAUCCACACGGGAGACAGGCCGUACAAAUGUUCACAUCCUGGUUGUGAGAAGUCUUUCACUCAGCUUUCUAACCUGCAGUCUCAUCGGCGUCAGCACAACAAGGACAAGCCGUAUAAGUGUCACCACUGUAACCGUGGUUAUGUAGACGCCGCCAGCCUGGAGGUUCAUCUGUCCACGCACACGGUCAAGCACGAUAAACUCUACUCCUGUGGUUUAUGCAACCGCACAUAUACCUCGGUACGCGCAUCUUCUCUCGUCGCAAGUGAGCGGCGUUCCCCAUUGCUUUUCAAAAUGAUCCUAAUGCAUCGCUUUCUCUGUCUGCAGGAAACGUAUCUGAUGAAGCACAUGCGAAAACACGCCCCAGAUAUGCUUCCGUCUCCACCCGGAUCCAACCAUCAGAAUCACAGCCCCGGCCGCGCAGGAGGAAGUAGCUCGGAUGGAGACGGGCAGAGCCAAGCCGAGAGGAACAAUGCCUUCAUCCAGCCGGUCGGUGUGCCGUGCAUAUUCGACCUGAACCAGUACAAGCCAGUACCUUCUGCAGACGUGCAGUAUAAAACUGUCAGUGUGUCUGACAUCUCCCCUCACAAAGACCUCUGCAUCACCGUGGAGGCUUCUGCCAUACAGGUGGAGCACCUAAACUCAUAAGGAAUCCCACCAAACUUUUGUAAUUGACGAGGUCCACACAGAGCUGCGGACACAGGAGGACUUUUCUUACUCGAUACCUUUUUAUUUGUAUGAAGGAGCAAGUGGAUUUAAAUGGACACAGCUGAAGAAACAGACUUUGGGUUUUUUUUUUUUGUAAUCCCGAUCUUCCUCCCAAAAGCUUCCUUGCAGACUGUUGCUGUUCCAGUGGUUACCCAGCAGCUCAUAUCUCAAGUCUUUUGCUGAAAUUUCCGGUUUAUCUUGUUUGUGUGAUUUAUCUGCGUCUGUAGUUGCUGGUACGAUCGCUGCACUGUCAACAUUAAUAUUGUUACUGUCGAUGAGGACGGAAAUAUUGUGUCUUGCACAGUAUGUAUGGGAAUUGUUGGUCUGUUUUUUGUUUUUUUUUUUAAAGGGAAAUUUGUUUGCAAUCACAUACGUAAAAAAAAAAUAGCACGUAUAUAUGGUUAAAAGAUGUAUUGUCUGAAUGAGAAAAGGACAACAGUAAAAGAUGUGUGUGUCAACUAAUGUCGAUGGCAAAUAUCUAAUGAGAUGGUGUUUUUAUUGAAAAUGAUCCUGUUUAGUAUUUCCAUUUGCUGGUGAUAUGUAAUAUUCCAUUAUUACAUUUAAUAGAAUAUAUAAUAUUCUAUUGUAACUACUGUUAUCAAAAUAACUGUUAACAUGCAACAACCUCUAGGCAUUAACAAAAUCGGAUUAGUGUGCAUUACCCUUUAAAACAAGAUAUUAAAAAUCUAAUUAUUGCUUCUAA